GUUUAUUCAGCGGUGAGCGGCCCUGAUUUGCACGUCAGGCGUUCAGAGUCCAAGCCUCGAGUUCUCCCUACUUUAUAAAGUCUUCUCUCGGAAGCGAUAGAAGCUAGAAGUAUCCAAAUCACGAGCUCCCAGUUACUCGUUAUACUCUGAUUUCCAUCGUUGGUUUGUACUCAUGUUCCUCUAGAACUCAUUACGCAUCUACGCGGAGAACGGAAGUCGGAGUAGUGGUGAACGAAGAGAAGUAAAGUCGGGAGUAGUGGUAACUCGUGGAAGGGAGUAGGAGAAAUUGAGGAAGGAACAACGGCGAGUCACGUGGAUUCCAGCCACGUCGUCUACGAGGCCAAUCAAACUUUGCAAGGACGAGCUUCGUGUGGUGAGUUGAAGAUCGCAGACGCUUCGCAACCCAAAGCUGUGAGAAUGUCAGGAUCACCAGUGCUGGACGAACAGGAAAGUGUAGAGGUCUUUGACGAAGCUCUAUUCAGUACUUUGGACAUUGUGCUACUUGGUGCUCUUCUUCUGGCAGCUGGAUGGUGGUUAUUACGUCGUAACAAACAGGAAAAUUUGCCAGCUCCUACAAAAUCUUAUUCCAUUCAACCAACAGCAUACACUGCUCUAGUUCCUUCAGAAAAUUCAUUCAUUAAGAAGCUUAAGACUUCUGGAAGAAGUCUUGUUGUUUUCUAUGGAAGUCAAACUGGAACCGGUGAGGAAUUUGCUGGUAGACUUGCCAAGGAAGGAAUUCGUUAUAGGAUGAAGGGAAUGGUAGCAGAUCCUGAGGAAUGUGAUAUGGAAGAACUUGUAAACAUGAAGAGUAUACCCAACAGCUUGGCUGUAUUUUGCUUAGCAACGUAUGGUGAGGGUGAUCCGACAGAUAAUGCCAUGGAAUUUGUUGACUGGCUGAAAAAUGGUGAUGCUGACCUUAACGGCUUGAAUUACGCUGUCUUUGGAUUAGGAAACAAGACUUAUGAGCAUUAUAAUGAAGUUGCUAUCUAUGUUGAUCAUAGACUUGAGCAACUUGGAGCUACUAGAGUAUUCGAGCUUGGUCUUGGAGACGAUGAUGCAAACAUUGAAGAUGAUUUUAUUACCUGGAAAGACAAAUUUUGGCCAGCAGUCUGUGAUUUCUUUGGAAUUGAGGGUGCUGGCGAAGAUGUCAGCAUUCGUCAGUACAAACUUACUGAACAUGUUGAUGCUUUACCAGAAAAGGUUUACACAGGGGAAAUUGCACGUCUUCAUUCCUACAAGAAUCAACGAUCACCAUACGAUGCGAAAAAUCCUUACUUGGCUCCUGUGAAGGUAAAUCGGGAAUUACAUGGACCAACAUCCGAACGAUCCUGUAUGCAUAUUGAAUUUGACAUUGAAGGAUCGACGAUGCGUUACGAGGCUGGUGAUCACCUGGCUGUCUACCCUGUAAAUAAUUCAGAGCUUGUCAAUAAAAUUGGAGAAGUCUGUCAGGUGGAUUUGGAUACUGUAAUCACAUUGACCAAUACAGAUGAAGAGUCCACGAAGAAGCAUCCAUUCCCCUGCCCUUGCUCCUACAGAACAGCGUUGACGCACUACUUAGACAUCACCAGUAAUCCCAGGACUCACGUUUUGAAAGAACUCGCAGAGUAUUGCUCCGAUCAGGCGGAUAAGGAUAAGUUAAAGCUUAUGGCGUCUACCACGCCUGAAGGCAAAGCUCUUUACCAGCAAUGGAUUACCCAAGAGAAUAGAAAUAUUGUACACAUUCUGGAAGACAUUCCCAGCUUGAAACCACCUCUGGAUCAUCUGUGUGAAUUGUUACCACGUCUGCAGUGCCGAUACUAUUCAAUUUCAUCAUCGCCUAAGUUACACCCUACGACGAUUCACAUUACCGCUGUUGUCGUUGAGUACAAGACUCCUACUGGUCGUAUAAACCGCGGUGUCACGACUACCUGGUUAAAGGAGAAGCAUCCAUCAGAUCCACCUUGUCUGGUACCAAUCUUUGUACGUAAAUCUCAGUUCCGACUUCCUACUCGUCCUGCCACACCUGUCAUCAUGGUUGGCCCCGGCACAGGACUAGCACCUUUCCGCGGAUUCAUCCAGGAACGUGAUAUCGCGAGAAAGGAAGGUAAAGAAGUUGGCGACACAAUCCUUUACUUCGGCUGUAGGCGGCGUCACGAAGAUUAUCUUUAUAAAGAGGAGCUAGAAGAAUUUGAGAAAAAUGGUACGCUUAAGCUACACACUGCCUUCAGUCGAGAGCAAGCACAGAAAGAAUAUGUGACUCAUCUGCUGGAGAAUAAUAAGGAAGAGAUAUGGAGUGUUAUCGGGGAGAAGAAUGGUCACAUUUAUAUAUGCGGUGAUGCUCGUAACAUGGCACGCGAUGUUCACAACAUAUUGGUGAAGGUCGUAAUGGAACGUGGCAAGAUGACAGAAAUGGAAGCCACUGCCUUUAUCAAGAAGAUGGACACGCAGAAACGUUACUCCAGUGACGUAUGGAGUUGAACUGUUGGGAUCAACAAAGUGUCCGUUUUCGCAAAUCCUUACGUUUUGUUACAACGUAUAAAAAAUAUCUAUUUACCGUGUUUUUAUUGCUCGGUAAAUCUACGCAUCUUGGUUUAUUCUCUAAACCCCACUUAUUAAACGUUAAUUAAUGAAAUUCGAUGAAAACCAAUUUACCUACAAAUUAGGCUGAAUUAAUUACACUGGAUGCCUUCGUGAAACUAUUAUAGAGAAUUUUUUUAUAUUAAAAGAUGGAUUUUAAUGUGUCGUCAGUAGUAAUACAGCUGGUUUGAAAUAGUAUGAAUUGUUAUAGAAAAAUUUACAUAUGAAUCGAACCUCUGAAGUGGUUUGUAUCAUAUCUCAUGGGAUUUUAAAAUUUAUUCAAUAUUUAAUAUUUGACUGUCGAGGAAAGAGAUGUAGUAUCAAAAGUAUCUUGGGAAGAGUCAAUUUGUAUCCAUCUCACUGAUGAAGUCUCUAUACUAUAUGCAAGUAUAUGAUUCUCUUCAAUUAUUAUUGGAUUAGUUUAACUCGAUCGUUCAGAAAUUUUUGUUUAAUUUUAAUUAUGAGGCGAUCGGGAAUCACUGUCUUUUUAUGAUCGCAAGAACGGAUGAAAUAUUAAGUGUUCGUUUAUUCUGUAUCGGAAUUAACUGUGAAAUUUCGUAAUUUAUGUAUGUAUCAUUUCAUUCAUGUUUAAUCUGCAUCAUGUAGAUACGAAGCGUCAUAUCAUGAAACUUUUACGUUUUUAAUAGUGACAUAUUAGGUUAAGUAUAUUUGGUACGCGAUGGCGAUUAUAUUAUUAUUUUAGUACAAGUAUAGGGAAGGUAUAUUUUUUUAAGGAUUCGUGUCGGCGUUCUUGUCAUUGCAAAAAAAGUAUACAAAGAAUUUUCUCAAUUCCUAGAACAAUUAUAAAAUCACAAUAAAGAUGUUAAAACAGCAACAAUA